CAUUUUUAAAUAGUGCAUUUGCGCCUACGUCUUGCCUACGGCUUAUUACGGCGGCUGAUUGUAGUCACAUGUCAUGCUUCCCUUUCGGCGAGUAUACUAGGAAUGAGAGAGAUAAGUAUUCCACGAUUAACUUUGACCCAAGCUGGUGUACCGUCUUGGGCCGAGGCUGGGUGUCAGCGUCCCAAUGCGAGAUCGCAGAUGUCUGUGUGACGGACUUGUCCCAGGAGGAGUGUGGUGCCGCGAUGGUGCUGACCCCCAACUCCAACAUAUUCGGCUGCUGCCCCAGCUGCCAGUUCCCUGGAGCCGGCGGCGGCGAAGAGAACGACAACAAUGCGCCGUGCCAGAGCCCUAACAAUUGUCUGCCAGACGGGCGCUUCGCGGCUGUACAAUGCAAGGGAGAUAUGUUCAAAGGACGGUGUUUUUGCUCCGAUGAGAACGGGAACAGAAUAUUUGGACAAAUGUGGAGAAAUGAGGCCAGUGACAUGACAUGCGCGUGCAGCCGUCGUCGUCACGAGUUGGAAGCGACUGGUCGUUCUGUGACCCUGCACUGCACCGCGAACGGUGACUACGAGCCGCUCCAGUGCGACGACGGGUUAUGCUGGUGCGCGGACCCCGGCAGCGGCCAGCCAACUGUCACCCCCGUGCCACAGGCCGACAUGAAGUUGCUGCCGUGUUACAGCGCGGCUACCGUCGGCGAGAAUUACCUCCGGCGGUGCGAGAGUCUGACGCACGCUCUGGCGACCAUGUACAAGGAGCAGAGGGACCAUGGAACCACGUUCUUCGGCAGCCCCACCACUUUCUGCGACUACGACGGAAGCUUCGGCUCUUAUCAGAUACAAAAUGGAAUAGCAUAUUGCACCGGUAGAGACGGCAGUAUCUUGGGUUCGUGGCAAGCAGAGACCAGCGUCAUGGGAGAUAUGAAUUGCAACUGCGCCCGAGACACAAUGAUAUAUUUCCCGGAGAGGAGCAUGUCGGUGACCGCCGUAUGCCAGGCCAACGGCAACUACCGCCCCAACCAAGUCGCAGGGGAUAUACGCUACUGCUUGGAUUCCGAUGGAUAUUCCAUCCCAGAGGAGGACUGGCCGGCCGCUUGUACUUAUGCGCAAUAAUUAUAUCUUAAAGAUUACA